AUGACGAUGGAACCUGUUAUUAAGAAGACUAAAUUGGAAGAUCCAUCAGGGCGUCUGAGAUGUCAGUAUGUGAUUGUGAAGAAAGAUAGACAAUGUGGGAUGACUAGACGUGCCGAUGAGCAGUACUGUUCUGAACACUUGAAUCUGCUGAAGAAGAAUUCUGGUUCAUUGAUUCACUCGGGGGUGACCUCUACGGAGACUGGUGGAAGGGAAAGAAUUCCUUGUCCCUUGGAUCCAAAUCAUACUAUAUGGAAGGAUCAAUUGACUAGGCAUAUGAAAAAAUGUAAUAAAUUUAAAAUGUCUCAUGCUAAUGACAAUGAACCAUAUUACCAAAAGGACAUGAAUAGUCUCGUGGAAACUGUGGAACUAUCAGAAGUAAUCGAUUAUAAACAAUUCCUGGAUCAAACUAUACAUAUUUUACAAAAAUGGGAUGAUACUUCAGAUAUCCCAUUAAAACAAGAAUCUAAUCAAGAAAUGGUAGAGAAAAGAGUCAAUACUUUGACUAAUCAAAAACAUGCAAUUCAACAAUCGUCAUUGAUUCAGAAUAUGAUCAGCGCCAAGAUAUUGAAUACAAGUUCAUCAAAUCAGGAUUAUAUUGAAUUUGGUUGUGGGAAAGCUGAAUUCUCACGUUAUUUGAAUCAAGUCAUUUGUCUCACAAAGGAUCAUGUCCCUCAUGAAAUUACUUACCAUUUAAUCGAUAGAGCCUCUAAUAGAAUGAAAUUUGAUUCGAAAUUUGCCGCUGAUACCCAGGAUUUGACAAAACAAUUACAAAUGACCCCCAAUAUUAAACGUAUUAAGAUAGACAUUAAGGAUUUGAAAUUGGAUACUCAAUUAGAUUCAUCACAUGGUUAUGUGGCAAUCUCAAAACAUUUAUGUGGUGUCGCCACAGAUCUGACAUUGCGUUGUAUUAUGAAUAAUAACUUGUUACAUCAACAAUUAGAUGGUUUAUGCAUCGCUAUGUGUUGCAGGCAUGUUUGUUCCCAUAAGGAUUACAUUAACCCCAGCUACAUUAAAUCGUUACUUCCAAAUGAUAUCACAUAUGAACAGUUUUUCACCUGUUUGACAAAAGUAUGUUCUUGGGCUACAAAUGGUAGAAGACAAGGUAUGGUAGGAACAGAUACUGUAGAGAUUACUGAGUCGAUAUCGAUGACUUUGGAAGAAAGAGAAGCUCUAGGGUUAGCAGCACGUAAGAUAAUUGAUCUAGGGAGGUUGAAAUGGGUUCAACAGAAUCUAGGUAAAGAUGCCCGCUUGGUUCGGUAUGUAGAUAAAUCCAUCUCUUUGGAAAAUGUUGCAUUGCUAUUAAAUACUUCUGAUUAA